UUAAAUAUUGAGCUUUAUAACCUUUACAUGAUAUCAUAACCAUAAAUAACAGAGAUUAAAUGAUUAAGAUUUAAAUAUGAUUUUUGUAUACUUUCUUUAAUGUGUUUGGGUAGGUUGGAUUUCCACAUUUUGUUGUGUAUAUGUAAAAUCUGGCAUCUUUACCAGUGAUGGUUUACCAAGUGAAUACUGAUGCAGAACUCAAACCUGGUGAACCUGUUCUGGACUGGCCUACUAGAAAACGAGUGGCCCUGGGAACAGCUCGAGGCUUAGAAUAUCUUCAUGAGCAUUGCAAUCCUAAGAUUAUUCAUCGGGAUGUGAAGGCAGCUAAUGUAUUACUAGAUGAAGAUUUUGAAGCUGUUGUUGGUGAUUUUGGCUUGGCAAAGUUAGUCGAUGUUCAGAAAACCAACGUGACAACUGAAAUUCGUGGGACGAUGGGCCACAUAGCUCCAGAAUAUUUGUCCACUGGAAAAUCUUCGGGAAGGACUGAUGUUUUUGGUUAUGGGAUUAUGCUCUUGGAGCUCGUUACAGGUCAACGAGCAAUUGAAUUUUCACGAUUAGAAGAGGAAGAUGACGUGCUGCUACUUGACCAUGUAAGAUCACUUUCUAACAUCAUGGCCUCCUUAUUUGUUGUCUUUUUGGUUUCUUUCUUGUUUGUGUUUAGCACGCUUUAUAUCUUUUGUGUGACUCUUGGAUGAUUUCGUGAGUGGUUGUGUUCAAGAAUCAGCCGGUCAUAGUUGCUCUACCUAAAGAGUAUAUCAUUACCCCUCUUGACAUGAGUAAUGCUGUAGUGAGCCAAGGAAGUUCGUGUAGCUAUAAUAGUACAUAGGCAUUUUGAUUUAGGUUGGAAUAAGCUGGUGUGCGUUAUUUAUAUGAUAAUGUUGAUGAAGAAAAGCUGAACUGCGGUGUUUGUUUAGCGUUCUGCCGUAGCGAACAUGUUGCUUGUGGUCAUCAUUAUUCAAAAACCAAAAUGCACCAUUAAUGCUUUUCACUCGUUGGUUAUCUGAUUACUGUGUUUACUGCAUUUUUGUUUUCUACAGGUUAAGAAAUUAGAACGGGAGAAAAGACUAGACGCCAUUGUUGAUCGCAACCUAAAUAA